UUCAUGUUAUCUGCGUCGUUACUUUACUACUAGAGCGACAUCAACGAUGUACAGCAAUCCCCCGAGCCGAAAUUUAGCUUAUGCACCCACUCCCUAUGCAUACCCAGCAACAAACAUUCUCUCCGCCCGGAUCAACCUUGACGAAGAGGUCAAACUCGCCGACUCCUCCGCCGAACGUGAUCUGAUCGACUCUCUCGCCGAGAUCUACAGCAUCAUCCGCACCCUCGAUGGACUGGAAAAAGCAUACAUAAAGGAUGCGCUACCAGAAACGGAGUACUCGGACAUGUGUUCGAAACUGCUGAAGCAGUAUCGAUCGAUAUUGAACGAUGAGAACGUUGCACGAGAGUUUGGAGACCUGGAUACAUUCACACAGAAAUGGGAUAUUGAGUGUCCCCGCGCCAAAGAACGUCUAAAAGUCGGCCUAUCCAGUGUGGAAACCAUCACCGUGGCAAAAGCUACUCCUGGGUCUGCAGCACCGCAAGGCAAUCUUUCGGGCAGCUUGAUCUUGGUCGCGACCGAGAAUUUCAUCACGUUCCUUGAUGCCUUACGAUUGAACAUGGUCUCCAAAAGCGCUUUGCAUCCACUUCUGUCAGACGUAAUCCAAUCGGUAAACAAGGUCACCGACCAGGAUUUUGACCAUCGCGGUAAGAUCAUCCAAUGGCUGAUCACGCUCAAUCAGAUGAAGACAUCCGAGGAGUUAAGCGAGGAGCAGGCGAGGGAUUUGGCGUUCGACAUGGAGCAAGCCUAUAAUGGAUUCAAGUCGAUCAUACAGUGAAACUGUUACUUUUUGGCGCCAAGGCAAAACGUCUUUUCGCGGUCGUGGAAAUCAACCAAGCGGAGAUCACUCUCGACCCAGAGAUGGCCGAUCACACAAUCACGAGAUGCCACAGCUUAGGUGGCUGACGUUAAAUCCACUGGACUUCCGCCGGUUGCCUCCAUCCGAUGUAACGAUCUUGACAGAAGUCCUUGCAAGGGGGUAUCGAAGGAGAACUCCGACCACCGAAAACGUAUUCGAAGUGUCGUGCACGUAUCUUAUCGCAGUCUGUCACGCCUCGCACUGUCUUGAACUGCUGUGCCCACUCCAAGGUCUCUCCUGGAACACAUGUCUCAGUCUUGUUCCCAAGUCGGGUACGUCACGCCACACUGAGCUAUUUUGUGGGAGAGACAGUUACAUGGGCGAGAGGGCGCAAAGCAAGCGGCCAGAUAGGGACGCGGCGACUACCGUUAGGGAACCAGAAGGUAGGCGACAUCAGACAAACAGAUGGAUGACACGGAAGUACCACUGUUUCAGGAAACCUUCCAGAGCGAUUGCGUGAGUGCACAAGGCUUGCGCUCUGUUCUCAUGUGUGAAGCAAAGUUCGCGAUGUUACAUCGAGGACUUCCGCUGCCGCUACGCACGGAGUACGGAGCUGUCCGCGGGAGAAAGAAAGGACGUUCAGAGUGAUUCACGACCUUGUCGCGAUUUUCGCGAAUCCUACUCGGGCUCUCCGAGCGGUCCUUCUUGUGGGCUUCGCAACACACGCACGUACUUGUACGUACAAGAAAGAGAGCAUGGGCCAAGUACAUACCAAGUAUCUACACUCGGACGUUCAUGCCUGUUGCUGAUGGAGGCGGCGAGGGAAGACAGAGAGCGGGAAACCUGGAAGAAUAAUCCUCCGCUCCGGGGCGCUCCCCUUUUUGACUUGUUUCCGCUCCCCGCUCCGCCCCGACAGACGAGGCCGAGGACAUGGAUACUGUGUACGUGUAUACAGUAGUAACUUGCACGGCAUAUCUAAGCCAGCGACUCUCACGAACACUCUCUUUCUCACUAACUGCGGCUGUGGCCGUAUUCACACUUGUACCCAAAGUCAACGCCAACGUCAAGGUCAAGAUCAGAGCUAGCUCUGCUAUUGAGAUCAAGCUGCCAUACCAAGCAGGGAUAUUAUGGUAAUCCGCCAUCUCUUAUCCCACUAUGGCGGCGAUAUAUAAGAACGCUGUACAGAGAGACAGGGCGUGCAUGGAACGUUGUUGACUUUUCUGUGUGGUUAGACCGUCUUGCUACGGCCGGCCUGGCACCUUUGACAUGGGUCACCGCUAUCGUCAUUGCGAUCAUAGUUGAAACGUUCGUCGAUCAUUGUGAUAG